CGUUCGCUGACUUCUCAGUUCAUUUCCAACGAAGCAGCAACUAGUUACUAGUCUUCUUCACUAGGCACCCUGUUUUGAUUUGUGUUGAAAUCCAUAAAGUGACUCAGUGUGUAGUGCCACAAAAAAAAACUAUCGCUUACAACCUCUAAUAGAAAUCAACGAAAACAAAAUCUAUCGCUCAUCGGUUGAAGAAGACGACGAUUGUGUAAUCAUGAUGCUCGCGAUCGCGAUGCAUUCUCCGUAAAAAAAAAAAACAUCGGAGUCUGAGACAGAGAAGAAAAAACUCGAGUGAGAUUGCGAAAAUUCAUCAGUUGUAAACAAAGAUUUCAUCCAAAUCGUGAGCGCCUUCUAAUCAUUCCUUGCCACCGCCAAUCUAGUCCAACACGGUAAACAAAUGAUAAGCGCAGCGGUGUCUCUCCAGGCACAUCACUGACCGCCAAGCCGAGCGUCUCGCCGCAGUAUCGCUUCGUUAACGGAUCUCGAAUCACCUUCGCCUAAUACCUAAAAAUGAAUCUAGCCAGCAGUUUGGAGCUGUCGUCUACCAUGGCGCCAAAUCUUACCGCCCAUAUGGUCACCGAAACCGGCAUGAGCAAAAUUGAGGCCAAACUGCUUGCCAUUCUGGCCCUCGGAGUGGGCAGUUUUGUGUCCGGAAUAUUGCCACUGUUUUGUUCGCAGCGGAACCGCGAGCGAUUUCCGGCGUUGAUUUCCUUUCUGCUGUGCUUCGGGGCAGGUGUUCUGCUGGCAACGGCUCUCGUACACAUGCUACCGGAAGUUCGGGUUGCUCUGAAGCAGUAUGCGGAGAUUAUCUUCUGUCUUGGAUUCUUCCUCAUCUAUGCCGUAGAUGAAAUAAGCCAUAUGUGCGGCGUUGGCCAUAGUCAUGGGCACAGUCACGGUCACGGAGGGCAGCACAACGAGAGGGCCUCUACUUCCGGAAGGCGAAUCAGUCGAGAUUCGACCAAUGCGGAUGUUGACAGCAGAGGCUAUGGAACCAGCGAGGAAACGAAGUUGCUGAGUAAAAGGAUGUUCUACUUUCAUUCCAGCGACAGUACUAUUCAAAUCCCUCAGCGCUCGGCAGACUUCGACGCACCUGAAAGCAGUCAAACUCUCGGAAUGUCCUGUCCAUCCGAUUCAACCGAAAGCAUCCCAAGGGCCGUCAUCAUAACCGGGGAUAUGUCGGAACCGGUGACCGGAGUAUUCAGCCUGCUCCUAGCACUGGUAGUGCACUCGUUGCUCGAGGGUCUCGCCAUCGGAGUACAAAGUUCAGCACCAGCUGUCCUCCUUCUGCUGGGUGCUGUCAGUGCCCAUAAAUACGUCGUAGGAUUCUGCCUCGGCGUCGAAAUUUGCUCCCACGGGAGUCGGCAUCGCUGUUCGCACAUCCUGCAGAUCCUAACGUUUGCGGUGGGAUCGGUGGCCGGUAUCGCAGUGGGCAUGGUGCUCGACGACAUUGGCCAGACGUUCAACGACCUGGUGAUACCGACUCUACAAGGAGUGGCCGGUGGCACUCUGCUAUACGUAACCGUCAGCGAGGUUCUUCCUCGGGAGCGGGGAAAGCGCGCCGAAAUGCGGCUGCGGCAUGUCGGCCUUCUGCAGCUGAUUGCAGUGAUACUAGGUUUUACCGUGAUGUCUAUUUUAAGUCUGAUCAUAACCGAAAAUUAGCGAACUCGAACUGGAAUGCGAGGUUCGAUUGGCAUUUUUUAAUCCUAUAAAAAAUAUCGCUUUUAAGUAGUUGAACAGAGAGCUGUAGAUAUGUAUAUUUUAAGAGAAAUGAGAUAGAAAAAAAACGUGCGGGCCAAGCUGUUUGCAUGGGUCUAAUCGAUUAUAAAUAAACGGCACGUGAGAUGAAGUAACGAA